AUGGUCGACGUGGCACCUGCGCCUGCGAUUGCAGGCAUGACUCCUGCCAUCCCUGUCGGCAUGCCUAUUCCGCCUGAUGAACCUCAUGCUGUGUCUGUGUCGCUGCCUCACUGGCAAGACAUUGUGGACUACGAAGAAGGUCGUCUGACAGACUCUAUGAAGACGGGCUACCCCCGCUUCUUUAUUCAUCGCUCUAUUCAGAAGCUAGCGGAGCUUAUGAGGACCAAGUUUGCCCGUCCAGGUGAGAGAACGAUGCUUUUCCCCUCUUCGCAGCAUGCAUCGCAGUGCCGUGACUUUAUUAGUGCCAGGGCCGCCCAAGCCGAGCCACCGCAAGCCAAUGUGUCUGUACGCAUCGUGCGUCUGUGUGUGAUGGCCCACAGUGCUAAGGAGAUGCAAACGCUCAAGAGCGUCAGUGUGCACACUCCUUCAGUCUCGGAGACGUCGAUGAACUUAUACAUUGUUCUCUUCCCACAGACGCUCUUCCCGAUCGCCAAGCAGUUCUGGCAGCAUACUGGCGUGGGUAUUUCGAGUCGUAUGGCGGACGAAUGCCUGCGCAUUUUGGAGCACAACGAAUCGCUUCUCCACCCGAAUGAGACGGGCAGUGCCUCCGCGUCGAUAAUGUCGCGACGUGGCUCCUUGCCAAUGGCGGGAAGCUCACAGCCGCGUGGUGGUGGCUUUGGCCGAAGCCGUUACUCACGUGGCAACAGUUUUGGCAUGACCUCCGAAACUACACCGUCGACCAGCGCGACCAAGCUUGUGCCAGAGCCGCCGGCUGACGAGGACGAUGAUAUGACAUUCGAGCAGGCUGUGUUCAUGGAAGAGCGGUACGGCCGGAACCUGCCGUUUGCGCUGUCCGCCGAUGCCAAGGUUGCGCUGCGUCGUCGUAUUGCUGGUACGCUGGUCGGCAAUGUCGAGGACGAGCCAGCAGAGAGCGCUGUGAGUGCGCGUUAUGCCAAGGGCCUGACAGAAAACAAUGUCUUCCUCUACCCUUGUGGCAUGGCGAGUAUUUUUAACGCGCAUCAGCUGCUAAUGCUGGAACGGGCAUGGACCAAGCAGGGCAUUCCCAUCACGAAGGAAUCAUGUACGUCCGCGCUACGUGCCAUGAAAGAUCCUAGCUUUACGCGUCUGUCGCAUGGCAUCGGGAAAUCGGUAUGUUUUGGUUUCCCGUACACAGAUACGCUCAAAGUGCUUGAGAAGUGGGGUCCUGGAUGUCACUUCUUUGGACACGGCACCGACCAGGAUGUGGACGAACUCGAGGCGCUUCUGGCUGCGCAGCCAGACGACGAGCCUAAAAUUCAUGCGCUGUUUUGCGAGUUCCCCGGGAACCCACUCCUGCGAUCGGCAGACUUGCCGCGGCUACGCGCCUUAGCCGACAGGUACGAUUUUAGUAUCGUGAUCGACGAAACGAUCGGCAACUUUGUGAAUGUCGAAGUGUUGCCGUAUGCGGAUAUGGUCGUAUCGAGUCUGACAAAAGUGUUCUCGGGUGAGUGCAACGUCAUGGGCGGCUCGUUGGUCGUCAAUCCGCAAUCAAAACGCGCUCAGCACCUGCUGACCAUUCUUUCGGCCAUGUACCAGGACAACGUAUGGGUCGAAGAUGCAAUUUUUCUCGAGCGCAACUCCCGCAACUUUGUCGCACGCAUCGCCCAGAUUGAUGAAAACACGGAAAUGAUCGUGGAUAUGCUGCAUGCACAAAGUCGUGUGGCUGGCAAGUCCGAAAGUGUGGUUCAAGCGGUCUAUUAUCCGAAGUACGUCACGCGCGCCAACUACGACAAGUGCCGCCGUACGCAGCCGUACGCGCCUGGACGUGAAGGCCCUAGCCAGGGCGGAUACGGCGGUCUCUUCUCGGUCGAGUUCACGUCGAAGCCGGCAGCCAUUGCUUUCUACGAUCAUUUGCAGUGUGCCAAGGGACCCUCGCUGGGCACCAACUGCACGAUUUCGUGCCCGUACACACUGCUGGCGCACUACACGGAACUUGACUGGGCAGCUCAGCUGGAAGUGAGCGAUACAUUGGUCCGUGUGAGUAUCGGCUUGGAAGAGCCACCAGCGCUCCGUGAGGCGUUUACCGUGGCGUUGGCGGCUGCGACUGUAGCUGCCACGGCCUAG